AUGGAAAAGGUCCUUGUCCUUCUGCUUGUCGCUGUCCUCACAGUGGCCUAUGCUGUUCCCGACCCCAGGAACAUCAUUGUCAACCUGGAGGAGGGUGAGCUCUGCCUGAACAGCAUGCAGUGCAAAAGCCGCUGCUGCCAUCGUGACACCGGAUUGAGCCUGGCCCGCUGUGCACCCAAGGCCAGCGAGAACAGCGAGUGCUCUGCCAAGACACUCUAUGGGGUGUACUACAAGUGUCCCUGUGAGCGGGGCCUGACCUGUGAGGUGGACAAGACCAUUGUGGGCUCCCUCACCAACACCAACUUUGGCACCUGCUUUGAUGCCGGCCGCCGCUCCAGGGAGUAAAACCACCCUGCACCCAGCCCGGCAGGUCGAAGGAAGCGCUUCCUCCACUGCGCCUGACGGCUCACCUCCUUGACCAGCGCCUCUGUUUUCUGAUUGGGUUCUUGGUGAUUAAAGCCUAU